CAUAUCGUACGCUCGCUCUCUGCAUCUGUAAAGUUCGCCACUGCUCCUCAGCCGUGUGGCAGACUUAACUCCAUCGCGCCGGCCGGUCUCCCGCGCGACCAUAAGACCUGCUUUUGUGUUUUAAGCAGCCUUCUAUAAACCUCGUGCUACCUCCUUACUGGGCGCGCUCAGAGUCAGGCACACUAAGGAGGCAGACAGACACGGUUUGGGCGGCGAGGGCGGGAGCUCAGCACCAAUAAGCGGUCAGAAGGAUGGUGUUCUACUUCUACCCGCGCUGCCAUGCGCCCAACACGGAAGAUUUCAUGAUCUACAUGGGGAAAGACAAGUAUGAGAAUGAGGACCUCAUUGCUCACGGCCUACCAUGUGAUCUGUGGUUCCACGUGGACGACAUGUCGUCAGCGCACGUGUACCUGCGGCUGCCGGACGGCUGCGACAUGCGCGACAUCCCGGCCGAGGCGCUGGAGGACUGCGCGCAGCUGGUCAAGCAGAACUCCAUCCAGGGCUGCAAGACCAACAACGUGACCAUUGUGUACACGCCCUGGAGCAAUCUGAAGAAGACGGCGGGCAUGGAGGUGGGGCAGGUGGGCUUCCACGACCCGGCGCUGGUGCUCAAGGUCAAGGUGGACCGCAAGAACAACGAGAUCAUCAACCGGCUGGAGAAGACGCGGCAGGAGCGCCACCCGGACCUGGCGGCAGAGAAGGAGGUGUACAUGUCGCAGGACGAGUACAUGGUGAGCAACAAGGAGCUCAAGGACAAGUACGCAUCAGUGGAGGAGAUGGAGGACGACUUCAUGUGAAUGGGCGACAGGAGAGCAAGGAGAGCGAUAGGAGAAAGGCUUGACGCAAAUGGGUCUGGGCGCGAAUGUCAAUGACAGGGCUAGCAAGCGACAUGGCAAGGAGAGAGAUGUGCUCGGCAUGCAAGAGUGGGAGGGCGGAGGCACGAGGUCUGCAAGGUGGCAAGGGGGCGGUGCCCAUUCAUGGGGCUUAAUGUAAAGCGUUGCAUGCUGGUUGCUGGUGGUGAGUGGGGUGAAGAGGUGCAGGGCUGGUCGUGGCAAGCUUGUGUGUGCGUCUCGUGCGGAGUGCUGGCAGGCCAGUGCUGCCUGUGCUACUGCCAACCGGUUGUGAUGAGAGCGGGGGGUGAGCUGAGUAAGCUAGAGCACGCUAGAGUGCUUCCGGGGCUCAGCCCAGAAAGCGAGCAGGAAAACAAACAGCACAUGAGAUAAGGCAUGACGAAGUGGCGAGGGUGCGUGCGGCAUGCCAACCCUAGUCUAGUCCCUAAACAGGCUGCAGUAGCGGCACCGCAGCGUCUGCUUAAGGUGGGAAGACACGUGCGGAGCGAUGUCGUGGUGGUUAGCGGCUUAGCGCGGUGAUGGCCGGUGUGGGUGGCGGUGGUGGUCCGAGUGAGCCCAGGUUUACCCGGCUGCAUUUUGUGAUUUUGAGUCUGUGGGUUAAGGUGAGGCCCUGGCUAGAUUCAGCCGAGCCGGCGAGGGCUUCGCCGCUGACAGCUGCAGCGACGGCACCCACCGCGGUGCAGAGCUUGGGGACUGACGGGUUGUCGGCUUUUGCAAACGUUUUGGUCAUCCAUGCGUCGUCGCGGGAUGCAUUGCGCUUACCGUAGCACCGGUGCAUGUGCAUCGAUGUACGGAUUCAGUGUACGAAGGGACGGGCGGACGCGGGUACGAGGUAGCGGCGGCGUGCGAACACGCAGGAUUGCAGGAAGUGGCAGCCGCAGCACCCACUCACCCACUACGCAGCAGCUGCAUGCGGCCGGACCGCCGGAGAGGGAAGGGAGCGCAGAGGGGGGAGGGAUGAUUUUAUUUCAAGCCCAACUACCAUAAAAAGAUCCAGAACCAGAGCGCGCAGGAGGUUUGGCCUCGAUCUUGGACGCCCUUGAGCUUUGUUGUUCUGGCCGGCGUUGGCCGUUGACCCUCGACCCUCGACUUGAGUACUAUCGAGUCGAUAAUAGUCUAGGCGGGGGGGGUUAUCGUUGAACCAACCCCGUAAGGAAACAGUGGGGGGGGACGCCACCCUGGGUCCUGCAGGCCGAUUAAGACGCGGGCAAUGGCGCAAUGCUCUGACUCGCAGUUCAGGCCUGCUGGGGGGAGGGAUGGCAGGGUCAGCCCAGGCGGCCUUGGGGCGGCCUCGGGCGCGGUGCAGGGCCUGGUGGCCUGGCAGGGCCAUGGCGCCGUGUAUGUUCCACAGACACCCCUGCGGUGUAAAGCCUAAGACCA